AUGGCCACGUACUAUAUGUACUUCCCGUUCCUGACUUGCGAGGUAAAGUGCGGCGCCGCGGGGCUCGACAUCGCCGACCGACAGAACGCCCACAGUACAACCCUUACGGUGCGGGCCAUUGUCGAGCUUUUCCGUGCUGUAAAGCGCGAGGAUGAGGUUAACCGGGAGAUCCUCGCCUUCUCCGUCUCGCAUGACCAUACCUCAAUCCGGAUUUACGGCCACUACCAGGUCAUAGCUGGGAAAGGCAUCAAGUACUACCGCCAGCCGAUCCACAAAUUUGACUUUACUACACUUGACGGACAGGACAAAUGGAUGGCAUAUCGAUUCACGAAGAAUUUGCCGUCGGAUUUGGACUUGGAUGUCCCACCACUUUCUGAGGCGACCGGGCUUUCCCAGGAUUUAGGAAACCUGAUGCAGUCGGGUGCCAGCUCCUCUUCUGCAGGCGAGCAGGAUCGCCAGCCGAGUAUCGCUGAGCAGCAAGUGGUGACUCCAGACACCUCAUUCAGUGGGAUAGCAAAGAGGAAAGGCCAGAAGGUGGCAAACGGGUAG